AUGGCCCUAAGCUACAGUCAUAGCCAACCAACUUUUCCUUUUCUUCAGGCGGCCGUGGUGGUCAGGAGCCUAUUUUCGCAGAAGAUCUCCUGUGGCGGAGCAUUGGUGCAUGCGAGCUGGGUAAUCACGGCUGCGCACUGCGUCGACAGAACGUCUACGUCGAGCAUACGGGUCCGGCUUGGAGAGCACAGCAUCCGGGACACCUCGGAGCGCUUACCGCAUGAGGACUACACCGUCCGGCGAAAGAUUGUCAACGAAGGUUUCAACCGGCUCAGCUUCAGGAAUGACAUUGCGCUGCUCGAGCUCUCGCACCCCGUCGUCUUCCGCGAGCACAUCAUUCCCGCAUGCCUUCCCAAGAAAGGAGACAACUUCGCGGGAGGACUGGCCACCGUCUCCGGCUGGGGAAGGCUCAAGUACGUUCCUCCGUAUGAAGUGCCGACCUACUCUCCGAGCGUCCUGCAAACGGUGGAUGUGGUGGUGCUCGAGAACGAGGAGUGCCAGAAGUGGUACAAGGAGAAGGGACGCAGGGAAAAGAUCUACGACACGAUGCUGUGCGCUGGCUACAAGGCUGGCGGCAAGGAUUCGUGCCAGGGAGACUCUGGUGGCCCACUGACGUUCAAGAGGGAUGACCGCGUCUACCUCAUCGGUGUCGUCUCGUGGGGAGUCAAGUGCGCGAUGCCUUCUCUACCUGGAGUCUACACACGGGUGUCGGAGUUCGUCGACUGGCUGCAAAUCUACGUCAAGUGACUCCAUCUCUGUACGGAAUGGAAUCUCCAGCUGUUCUUGGAAACAAUAUAUAUAAAUUCCAAGUGAAAAUUCAUGCGCGCUUGUAAAUAGCUAUGUUAUGAUGAAUGAAACGUACACG